CAGUACAAACUCACACACCGAUCCAUGACACACACCCAUCCACACACACACUCACACUCACACACUCACAGAACUCGACUGUAACACAAAAGGAAAUUACUUUGCAGACAUGUUAUUGUUAUUAUACGUGACUACUGUUUCCUGCGUCUUGUUUGGUGGUUCAUCCGCAUCCGAGUUUUUUGAAAAAAGUAUGUGCUAUGGCAGAAGUUUGAGAUUGCCGUUUAGUUUUACCCCACCUCUUUUCAAUGGACAGUUGUACUUCACUCCGAAGAAGGGUGGAUCCAGGAAGCUAGUGAUGGAUAAGGACGAGGCAAAGGACCCACGCCUCCAAAUUUCCAUUGGCUCAGUUGAACUCACAGAUUUGACAGAAAGAGAUGAGGGAACUUUUUCUGUCUCAGUUGGUGAUGCUAUGCCAUACGAUGUUAUCAAACUGGAAAUUGUGGAGUGUGCUUACAAGAUGUAUAGGAAUUAUGGGAAAUCAUAUUCCUAUACUGUUCCUAGACAGACUGAAUUUGUGGAGUUCACUCCCCUUCACAGUGAGGACCUGCCGAGGGUCCUGUGGAAUCGCACCGACCCUGAGGCCAAUAAGGGAAGCAGAUGGCAGAUGAAGGGUUUUAUCUUGGCGAUUAAGAACGUCAAUCAGGCAGAUAGCGGCUACUACAACUUCAGAAAAAAAGACAACACUUUGCUGUCUAGGAUACGGCUCACAGUGAAAGAGAACAAUAGACACUAUCAUACAAAUGUGAAUGAACGGCUCCUCAUCCAAAAUCCUUCGUUCGAUGCCACAUGGACUGUGACUUUUACACCGGCAGGGGAAGUGGAAAACAACACAUUGAUGGAAGCAGGCAAUCUGGUCACAGACGAUAGGAGGAUUCAGAUCAUGCCUAAGGGCAUAGAGAUUAAUCCUGUAAAUAUCAUAGACUCUGGCACCUUUGAGUUCAGAGACCAGCAAGGCCACCUGGCCCAGAUUGUGAUAGUGGAGGUAGAAGAUGAACCUCUUCCUUACGUCCUUCAUCCAUAUGUUUAUAUUGCGAUCAUUGGCGGGAUUAUCUUUGCGGUGGUUGUCUGCUGUUGCUGUGUGAAAAAGUGCUGUUGUAGAAACAGCUCUUCCAAAAGGCACGAGUUUGCUCCUGAGACUGCAGCAGCACCUGCUGUGUAUUACCACGAUUUGAUUCAACCUGCUGGCCCUGUGCCAGAUAACUCUUAUCAGCCAAUGAAUUCCCUUGUUUCUGGAGAACCUACAACUACCUCCCUUGAGCCAUCGGUUGAACCUCUAGGAGGGCAGGGAGGCUAUCCAUCUCCUACAUUCGGCUCUGAUUGUCACUCCUCAGACCCUGUACCAAGGUUUGAGCUCAAAAGACAGUCCAUUCCCUCUGCACUCCCCCUCGUUUCAGACUCAACUUUCUGUGAUGUUUACACCUCAGAUAAGCUCAACUUUCUGUAAGGAGCGCACCGUAAAUUCAAGUGAUGCAGAGUUGAAUUUAAUAUUGUGCAUCGUGACUAGCGGAAAUAGAGCCAUUUCAGUGGUGUACAGAAAAAGGACCAUCUAUUCCUGUUUAAUAUGGAAUAUAAAUGUGUUUCAUAAAAUCAGGUUAUAAUUAAAAUGCAUAACUUACACUGUAUGCUGCUGCCAAAGAUAUCAAAGAAAGGGGAGAUGAUUUUACAAUGAGGACUGAAAGUGAGUCUGGGUAUCAGAUUUUGCAAAUUGAGGACUUCAAACUGACAAUACUCAUGGAGAUCAAAACACAACACGCAAUUUAAACCAGCUUUACUUAUAUAUUCUUUUUAUAUGGUUGUUUUAAACCCUUAUCAUGUUCAUUCAGCCUCAUAUAUAGCAAUGUGUUUGAUUGGCUUUUAUCAUUACAUUCUGGGAAAUUUUAUAUGAUAUUAUUUUUGUCUUUAUGCUUUGUAUAAAUUUCAAGUCUUCCACAAGGAAAUGUCAUGUUUUGAAAAACAAAACCUUUCAAUUUCUGUGGGACUGGGAUCGCACUCAGAAGUGUAAAGAAUUUUGUAAAAGUCAGCAAAUAUAAUAUAAUAUAUGUUCAUUUUUGUA